AAAAAAAGCAAAAAAAUCAUUCAGCUCCUCUCUAGUUCUUCGCUCUCGCAUUGCUUCGGUGUAUCUUUGGCUUGAACGCACAAGAAUACCCUCAAUUCCCCAUCCUCCCUCGUCAAUCUUAGUCGUAGAUUUAUACCUUUCAUCCCCAUCCACUUCGUCCAGCAAAGUCGCACAGUCGGGUCUAGCCUGUCGCCCGUGACGUCAGAAUCUCACACGCCCAGAUCACGACGUCCUGAACGGGCACUCGUGAAGCGUCGCUCUCAGACUCGUCUUCGCUGGCCCGAGGCCUAGUCCAACCUCGUCUCCUCUUGCCGGAGUGUGCAUACUCCUCCCUCCUGCUUCCCCUCCCUCAGGACUCGUGCCAUCAUCUCCGGCGGAUCCGGCGGCUUACACAGCGCCCCCAGCCAGCCCACUUGACCUGGUACCACCACCUCCAGUUCUACGGACAAGCAAGCAAGCAUAGCACAAACGCAACGCAAGAGGCUUCCUGGCUCGUGGUCGGGCGCCAGCGCAACCUGCCGCCCACUUGCAUCGCGAUCGGGCACGCGAGAGGGCGACGCACAUGCCUCUCUGGGGCACUUGCUUCCCCUGUCGCCCUGAUUUGUCUGGCUUGCAUUUCUAAUACAUCCCUUGUCCACCCCCCCUCCGUCGCCCUUUUAGUGUCUGGUAUUUGUUCUUAUUUUCUUUUUUUUUAUUCCCUCCUCUUUUUUCUUCUUCUUUUUCUUCUCUCUCCUCUCGCCCAAAUGGAGAGCGCAUACUACGUCGACACGGGCUUGCUUUCCCCCGACGCGACAGGCAUACAAAUCAUGUCCAUCUUUGGCUCCAGCAUCGUGACCUCGAGCAACAGGAGCGGCCGCUCCUCUGCGGCGGCGUCUGCCGCCGCCGCCAAGCCGUCCACAACAGCUGCUGCUGCUCCGCCCUUCCCCACAUUCCUGCUACCCGCACUGCCGCUGCAGCUGUUCCGCCGCCGACAAAAGAGCCACCACCAACACCAGUCGUCGUCGUCGUCUUCGUCGUCGGUCGUGCGUAAUGAUAAUAGUAGUAGUAACAACCCCCAAAACGAGGGAGAUUGUGAGAGCGACAGCGACAGCGACGACGGGGGCGCGCCCUCGCUGAGCGGCUCCGUCCACUCGGUCCCGUCGGAGACAAGCAGCAGCGGCGGCUCGGACACAACACAGCAGCACCAGGGGCGGCCGCGGCGACAACAACCCCGCCGACGCCUGGCGCCGCCGACGCCCGCGACGCUGCGCUGCGGCAUCUGCGCGACAGACCUGGCGUUCGCGUCGCAGAUCGUGUCCAAGGGCUUCACGGGCCGGCACGGGCGCGCAUUCCUCGUGGCGCCCGCGUCGCCCAGCAACGUCCCCGUCCCCAUCCCCGCCGCGGGGCGACUGUCGUCGUCGUCUUGGUCGUCGUCGGCGGCGGCGGCGGCGGGGGGUGACGGCGGCGGGGAGCUCGUCAACAUCAAGGUCGGGCGGUCCGAGAACCGGCAGCUCGUGACGGGGUCGCACGUCGUGGCCGACAUCAGCUGCCGCGUGUGCGGCACAAAGGUCGGGUGGAAGUACGUGGACGCGCGCGAGUCGCAGCAGAAGUACAAGGUCGGCAAGUUCAUACUCGAGACGGCCCGCGUCGUCGCCUGGCGAGGCUGGGACGCCGGGCGGCUGCCGGCGGCGCCGGCGGGCGACGAUGACGGCGACGGUGAUUAUGAUGACGGCUCCGACGAGGACGACGACGAAGGGCUGGACUACCGGGAGGACGAGGGCCCAUGGUCAGCCAACGAAGGUAGCACCGGCAAUUGCGGCCACAAGGACAGGGCUGACGGCCCCGACGACGAGGAGCCCGUCGUGUUCGACUCGGACGACGACGACGAGUGCGAGGACAUCUUUGCCGGCACGUGGAAUGCCGAGGCGGUCGCCAAGAGGCGCAAGAUGAGGCGCGCGCUCGUCGGCCGUAGGGUGUGAGCGAGAGGCAGGAUGGCCGGCUGACGGGAUUGACGACGGACGAUUUGCUGAACAACUUGAUACCAGUAUGCUUUUGAUACCAGGGAUGCGCUAUGCCGGCCGCCUUUUGCUCCCUCGCGGGCGGCGGUUCGACUGGUGGCAUGGGCGGGAUUCGCGGAGUCUGACGUGCAUUUUAUUGAUACCUCGGGGGCUGGAUAACUGGCGUUUCUUGUAUUUUCUCCUGAAGGCCUUGAUCACUCCUUUAUGAUAUGACAGACACCUCCAUAGGUAGGCAGGCUAUGACCGCCCGCCAGGGAUAAUAUACCGAAGGUUGGAUUCACGAA